ACCUUACUGCUCUCUUCUACCACCAACAGAAGUACUUCCUUGCAUCAUUAUACGGGACGACGACUUGCUAGGAAAGAAGCUAAAACGAUUAUCUUAUGUUCGCUUGCCGGGAAACGCAAAUUUCGUGGUAGUUUGUAAUCUUAAUCCCGGAUUGAUAAUUGAUGAUCGACAUUCACCUUGGGCGUGACGUUGAACCACGGGACUAGAAGAGAAACAACCAAUAAAACACGAAAUAGACAGCAAGCUCACAAACAUCGAAUCCGACGGCCCCAGACAUUGCCCUCAAGACUUUUGCCACUCUCAGGACCCCUGUCGACGUGGAACACCUCGAACUCUCGUAUACGACCGACAAGAUGCGCAUCCCACUCGUCGCCGACAAAGACCAAGCCAUCCUUUCUGCUCACGAUGAGAAGGCCCCGACCCCUAUACGCAAGCAUAAAUUCCCCGAACCCAAGCUCCGGGUGCACCUCAACGACCUCUCGCACCCGGGCAGUGGCACAAUCCUCAACCGUCUGCGACCUGCCGAAGACUUCUCCGAACAAGUCCAAAACGUGCUCAACCUCCUCUACGACCCUAAAGACCCCCGUCCGGCGACCCGCUCCAUCACGCUAGUCCUCCGCGACUGUGGCGGUGGUGUUGCGUACACGACGGGAAUCGAGCUAGAUGAUGAUCAUAAAGAGAUCCAUUUCGACCUCAACUAUAUCUGGAACGAUAGCGACCGUAACGCCUCUGCGAACAAGGCCACGCAGCAGACGCGCGAGGAAUUGCUCGGGGUCAUCUGCCAUGAGCUGGUGCACUGUUUCCAGUGGAACGCGGAGAACACGGCGCCGGGAGGGCUGAUUGAGGGUAUAGCGGAUUGGGUGCGGCUGCGGGCGGGAUUAGCGGCGAAGCAUUGGCGGCGAGAGGCUGGCGGGGAUUGGGAUGCAGGAUAUCAGCAUACGGGGUAUUUUCUGGAGUAUCUUGAGCAGAGGUUCGGGGAAGGGACGGUCAAGGGGAUUAAUGCGAGACUGAGGGAGGAUCAGUAUGAUGAGGAGGAGUUUUGGAAGGAUUGUUGUGAUGGGAAGACGGUGGAGAAGUUGUGGGAGGAUUAUAGGAAGAGUUUGAAGGAGUUGGAUGAAGGUGUCAGUACGCUGGGAUGAAGUGGUUUUGAUGAAGACGACGACGAUGGCAACGAUGAUGCUGAUGAAUAUGGUUAUCAUGACGACCAUGACGAAAUUUGGAGUCAGAAAGACUGAUGUGGUAUUGUAACUUUGUUUGGAGUUAUGUUUAGUAUCGUGGAAGAUACACUACUUUGGACCAGGCACCGUUCAAGCCGCUUUUCUCUUUGAUA